CGUAAAGCGCGGCGUGUUGUUGACAGCGGUGGGAGGAGGAGGAAGUGAGUGGUGAUGAAGCUCGCCCCGGUGAGGAACGGAGUCAUGAGCAGAGCCCGGAGGCCACCCCCGCAGCCGGGCCGCGGCGCCGCCAUCGCCAGGCAGAUGGGUUUGCUGGUGGACCUCUCUCCGGAGGGGCCGGCGGGGGACGACGCCGGGGACGAUGCCGCCGAGCUGGAGGCUGAGCUGCUGGCGCUGGUGGGAGGCCGAGCCGUGCCGGGGGAGAGGCCCAAGGGGAAAACCCCUCUGCCAAUGGAGGCGAUUGAGAGGAUGGCCGCCCUGUGCAUGAAGGACGAGGAGGAGGAGGGGGAUGAUGACGAAGAGCUGGAGGAUGAGGAUGAUCUCAUGGCCGAGCUGCAGGAGGUGCUGGGCGAAGAGGAAGGGAGCGGGGACGCGCCGGCACCUCCCGCCAAGGUGCCGGAGGCGCCUCCGGAGCCCGGCGGCAUCGAGUCCACGCUGGCGGAGCGGGCGGCGAUGUACCGGACGGCCAUCGCCAGCGCCAGGCAGGCCGGGGACGGCUCCCGGGUGCGGCGCUACGAGAGGGGCCUCAAGACGCUGGAGAACAUGCUGGUCUCCGUCAAGAAGGGAAAAAAGAUCGAUGAGGAGGAAAUACCCCCUCCGGUGGCACUGGGGAAGGGUGUGAGCCCCCCGCCGCCCGCCCCGGCGUCCCCGAUGCCCGCCGCACCCCCCGGCUCCCCGCAGCCACCCCCGCAGCCGCCCCCCGUCCUCCCGAAGCCCCAGGUCCUGCCCGUCAGCCCUCCGGACACGAAACCAGCUCCUCCUUCGCCGUCUUCCCACCCAGGCUCUGCCGGCGCCGAGGCCCUGCUGCGGGACCGGCAGCGGGAGUACAAGCUGGCGGCGCUGCACGCCAAGCAGCGCGGAGACCUGGAGACGGCCGCCAAGCACUACCGGCUCGCAAAGAGCUUUGACGCCCUGCUCGAAGCGGCGGGGAAGGGCCGGCCGGUGGAGCUGAGCAGCGUGCCGCCGCCUCCCGACCAGCUGCCGAAGGAGCUGCUGUCGCCCGGCCAGCCGCCGCCUGCCGCCACGGCGCCUGUGCCGGAAGCUAAACCGGCGUCUCCCGCGGCAGCAGACGUCCCCCCGGCUCCCCGGGACGCGCUGGAGGCUCUGCAGCAGAGGAUGGAGCGCUACAAGACGGCGGCGGCGCAGGCCAAGAGCAAGGGAGACGACCGCAAGGCCCGGAUGCACGAGCGCAUCGUCAAGCAAUACCAGGACGCCAUCCGGGCGCACAAAGCGGGCAAAACGGUGGAUUUCUCAGAGUUGCCCGUUCCGCCAGGCUUCCAGCCCAUCCAGGGCACGGAGAUGCCACCCGGAGACCAGAGCAUCGCCGGAGUGCUGGAAACGGCCAUGAAGCUGGCCGGGCAGGAGGACCACGGGGAGGAGGAAGAGGAGGGCGCCGAGGAGGCAAAGUCCUCCGCCCGCCCUGCCGCAGCCAGAGCCGCCGCCGCCUCCCAGCCCAAGCAGCCGCCGCCGCCUCCCCGAGCCUCCUCCGCGGGCGCCCCGAAUUCCUCCGCCGCUGCCAAACCGGCCCCCAAAACCUCGGGAAAAGCCCAGCAGCAGCUGGCGUUCCUGGAGGGCCGGAGGAAGCAGCUGAUGCAGGCCGCCCUCCGCGCCAAGCAGAAGAACGACAUCGAGGGGGCCAAGCUCUUCCUGCGCCAGGCCAAAGGGCUGGACCCCAUGAUCGAGGCCUCGCAGAACGGCCUCCCCGUCGAUAUCACCAAGGUCCCCGAAGCCCCCGUGAACAAGGAGGACUUUGUGCUCGUGCAGCGGCGGGGGGUGCCCAUCUCCCCCGAGGCAGCCAGCCAGUACCUGGAGCUGGUGAAGCUGAUCAGGCAGCAGCAUGAGAUGUGCGUGAGUUACUCCAAGCAGUUCACUCACCUGGGGAACAUCGCGGAGACGACCAAGUUCGAGAAGAUGGCAGAGGACUGCAAGCAGAACAUGGAGAUCCUGAAGCAGGCCCACGCCCGGGGCUUCCCCCUGCCCAAGUACCACUACGAGCAGCGAACCUUCAGCGUCGUCAAGAUCUUUCCGGAGCUGAACAGCAACGACAUGGUGCUGUCGAUAGUGAAGGGCAUCAACCUCCCGGCGCCGCCAGGGGUGGCUCCCAACGACCUGGACGCCUUCGUGCGCUUCGAGUUCCCGUACCCCAACGCCGAGGAAGCUCAGAAAGACAAGACCAGCGUCGUCAAAAACACCGAUUCUCCUGAGUUCAAGGAGCAGUUCAAGCUCUACAUGAACCGGGGGCACCGCGGGCUCAGGCGCGUCCUUCAGACCAAGGGCAUCAAGUUCGAAGUGGCGCACAAGGGGGGGCUGUUCAAGACAGACCGUGUCAUCGGCACGGCCCAGCUCAAGCUGGAGGCGCUGGAGACGACGUGCGAGGUUCGGGAGAUCGUGGAGCUGCUGGACGGCCGCCGGCCCACGGGAGGGAAGCUGGAAGUGAUCGUGCGGAUCAGGGAGCCCCUGAGCUCGCAGCAGCUGGAGACGAGGACGGAGCGCUGGCUGGUCAUCAACCCCAGCACCGUGCCGCCGGUCGCCGUCCCCAAGCCCAAACCAGCCGUGGCUCCCGCCAAGGAGGUGAACAACAGGCGAGUGCCGGGGGGGACCCGGCUCGCGGCGCGGCGGCACCGCCGCGGGCAGGCCGGGCCGUGCCGCCGCUGCCCAGCCUCAACCUGCUGGCCUUCGACCGCGAGAAGCUGGAGAGGAAGAUGCUGGCGUACGCGCAGGCGCAGCGGCCGGUCCCCCCCGAGCUGCGGGAGCAGCACCAGGACAUCGCCCGGCGCAGCCAGAGCCUGCGCUCCCGCCUGCAGCACGGCGGCCCCCCCUUCCGCAAAGAGUACCUGGCCCAGCUGGAGCGGUACCUGCAGCUCUACACCGAGACGGCGCGGCGCCUGGGCACCGAAGGCAAACGGGAUGCAGCCAAGGAAGCGCUUUACAAGCGGAACCUGGUGGAGAGCGAGCUCCAAAAGCUCCGCCGAUGAGCCCCCCCCACCAUCACCCCACCGGCCUGGGGCCAGGAGGGGUCCAGGUGUUUUGGGGGGGUCACCCAGGACCCCCCCCCGGGCGCUGCUGUGACAAUCACAGGGAUCAGAGCUGCUACGUCCCCUCCUGGUCCCUGCCCCAGGGGCAGGGUGACACUGACAACCCCCCCCCCCCACUCCUGGGGUCCCCCUGUCUCUCCCCGGGGUCCCCGUGUCCCCCCCAGCACUUUGCCCCCCCACCCCAUGUCCCCCCCACCAAAGCGGGUCCCCGGGUGGGGACCAUCCCCUGCUGUCCCCCUGCUAAGUGCCUGUCCCCAGGGAGCCCUCGGGGGGGCUGGGCUGGGCUGCGCAACGGGGUUUAUUUUGUGCUUUCACACACAAAUCUAUUAUAAAGUUUUUAAGAA